AUGGCUGAAUCAAAUACCACAAAACCAACAGACACCUCCUCCGAUCCACUCUCUUUACACAACUCCGACACACCUGGACUUUCCCUAGUCAACUUCAAGCUUGAAGGCCACAACUAUGGCCAAUGGAGCAGAUCUAUGCAUCUCAGCCUCAGCGCCAAGAACAAACUUGGAUUCGUUGAUGGAUCUGUCAAGACACCAUCAUCUGAUGACUCAAAAUUCCCAUUGUGGCAGCGCUGCAAUGAUAUGGUUUUGUCAUGGAUCUUGCACUCCCUUCAUCCUGACAUAGCCAGCAGCGUUCUCUACGCUAAAACAGCGGCUGCUGUUUGGACUGACCUUCGAGAUCGAUUUUCACAGAGCAAUGACUCCAGGAUUUAUCAGAUUCGACAAGAAAUUGUCGAGUGUCGACAAGGACAGCAAACAAUCUCCAUCUAUUACACGAAGUUGAAAGCUCUUUGGGAUGAGUUAGCCUCAUACCAAGAGCCUUUUUCCUGUGACUGUGAAGGGAUGAAGAACCUUGCCGAGAGAGAAGAAAAAGAGAGAGUGAUGCAGUUCUUGAUGGGCUUGAACGACACCUAUUCUACGGUUCGAGGAUCGAUUCUGAUGAUGAAUCCCUUGCCUGAUACGCGCAAGGUUCACGGUCUGGUUCUUCAGCAUGAACGCCAGGUUGAGGUGACCAGCCGGAAUGACAGUCUGAUCACUCCCCAUGCAAUGCAAAUCAGUCGUUCCUCGGUGGCUGGAUCUUCACAACCCCGCAAAUCCCUGAAGUGCACAUAUUGCGAUGGAGAUGGCCAUACGAAAGAACGCUGCUACUUCAUCAUUGGUUUCCCUGUUGGCCAUAAAUGGCAUGGGAAAAACGUCAAGCCCAGAAACCAACGUUACAACCCAACAGCUCACAAUGUUGAACUUCAUCAGUCACCAGCCAAACAUACUGACACUGCCAAGACAACCACUGCUAAUGGCCCAACCUUCACCACCGAGGAGUACAACGAACUUCUUGACAUGCUUCGCAAUAAAAAGGGUAACAUUCAGCCACUGGCACAUGCAACAGGUAUCAUUACACCCACUUGUAAUAUUGCACAACAUGAUCCACAUUCCACAUUAUAUUGGAUUGUCGAUAGUGGAGCAACGGAUCACAUUUCUCAUAUGCCUCCUACACAUAACCACACCGCAACACAUCAUGAAUUUGUUGGCUUACCCAACGGAGAACAAGCAGCAAUAUGCAACACUGGGUCUAUUAAAUUAUCAUCCGAUUUGUCUCUUGAUGGAGUUUUACAUGUCCCGAAAUUUCGUGUCAAUUUGUUAUCCGUCAGUAAAUUAACUCGGGCUCUACGAUGUAUUGUAAUUUUUUCUCCGGAUUUUUGUGUUGUGCAGGACGUGGAUACGAAGAAGACGAUUGGCCUGGGCAAGCAUUUUGAUGGGCUUUACUACCUUUUGCCUACCCAAAAUCCUCAUCUAGCUAGUCAUGUUCGUCGUAUCUCAACUCUUUGGCAUCAACGUCUUGGGCAUCCGUCAUCUGCACCCCUUCACCAUUUGUCCAAGAUUAUUCCAGAAAUAAUGUUUAAUUCCAAGCAUAUUUGUGAUGUUUGCCCUUUGGCUAAACAAACUAGAUUACCUUUCCCUUCCAGUUCAAUUAAAACCGUUGCACCUUUUGAUCUUAUUCAUUGUGACAUUUGGGGACCUCACAACACCCGUACCCAUUCUGGGGCACGUUAUUUUUGA